AUGUCAGACACAACCCGAGAUGAUAGAAAAACAUCCACUGCCAAUGAAUCUAUUCAUGGGGGCGGCGACAAUCUGAAGAAUUACGGCUCUGCGCCCGGAGUGGUGGAGGAUGUUGUGCGAGUCGUCGAUCACAAGGCCGAACGGGCUCUCUGUCGCCGGCUUGACCUGCGAUUACUUCCUGUCCUCGCCGUGAUGUAUCUCUUCAACGCGCUGGACAAGGGAAACCUGGGAAACGCAGAAACAGAUGGACUGAGCAAGGAUCUCAACUUCAAACCCAACGAGUACAACCUGCUGCUGUCCAUCUUUUUUAUUCCAUAUGUGAUUUUCGCGCCUCCCGGCGCGAUGCUUGGUAAACGCUACAGUCCGGCGCGCGUCCUGCCCAUCCUCAUGUUCUGCUUUGGCUCCUUCACCCUGCUGUCGGCAUCAACCAAGAACUUUGGCGGCAUUUUUGCUCUUCGCUGGUUCCUGGGCAUGUGCGAAGCCCCAUUCUUCCCACUCGUCAUCUACUACCUGACCACAUUCUACCGACGCGGCGAGCUCGCCCGCCGGCUGGCCAUCUUCUACGCCGCCUCCAACAUUGCCAACGCCUUCUCGGGCCUGAUCGCCUUCGGCGUCUUCCAAAUCGAGGGCUCCUCCAUCCCCAACUGGCGAUACCUCUUCAUCAUCGAAGGCGGCGCCACCGUGCUUUUCUCGAUCUUCGCCUUCUGGUACCUCCCGCGCAGCGUCGCCGAAGCGAAAUUCCUCUCCGAAGAUGAGAAAGCCCUCGCUUUUCACCGAAUCCAGGUCGACUCCAGCGCGGUCGUCAACGACAAGUUCCGCCUCCGCGACGCCCUCGCCAUCUUCAAGCAUCCCACCACCUACGCCUUCCUCUGCAUCGAAAUCUGCCUCGGAGUCCCCAUCCAGGGCGUCGCGCUCUUCCUCCCGCAGAUCGUCCAGCGCCUCGGAUACUCCACCGUCAAAACGAACCUCUACACCGUCGCGCCCAACAUCACCGGCGCCGUCAUGCUCCUCCUGUUGGCCUUCUGCUCCGACGCCGCACGCCUCCGCUCCCCGUUCAUCGUCCUUGGGUUUCUAUUAACAUUCACUGGCUUCAUCAUCUACGCCUCCAUCAACGACGUCCAGGCGCAGAUCCGCCUCGCCUACUUCGCUACCUUCAUGAUGACCUGGGGCACAUCCGCGCCGUCCGUCCUGCUGAGCACCUGGUACAACAACAAUGUCGCGGACGAGAGCCGCCGCGUGCUGCUGACGAGUAUCGGGGUGCCGUUGGCGAAUCUCAUGGGGCUGGUGAGUAGCAAUGUGUUCCGCGCGCGGGAUAAACCCAAGUACAUGCCUGCGCUGGUGACUGUCGCGGCGUUUGGCGCCACGGGGGCGUGUCUGGCUGCGUUACUGGGGUGUUACAUGUGGGUUGAUAAUAAGCGGCGGGAUCGGAGGGAUGGGGUGCGUUUGCGGGCGCAGGAGGUGCCGACUGAGAGGCUGAGGGAUGGGCCCAAGGCGAGGGAGUUUCGUUGGUUUUUGUGA